AUGGCGGACCUCGAGGCCGUGCUGGCCGAUGUCAGCUACCUGAUGGCGAUGGAGAAGAGCAAGGCGACCCCGGCCGCCCGCGCCAGCAAGAAGAUCGUGCUGCCGGAGCCCAGUAUCCGGAGUGUGAUGCAGAAGUAUCUUCAGGAGAGAAAUGAAAUCACCUUUGACAAGAUUUUUAAUCAGAAAAUUGGUUUCUUGCUAUUUAAAGAUUUUUGUUUGAAUGACAUUAAUGAAGCUGUACCUCAGGUGAAGUUUUAUGAAGAGAUAAAAGAAUAUGAGAAGCUUGAGAAUGAGGAAGACCGCCUUUGCAGAAGCCGCCAAAUUUAUGACACUUAUAUCAUGAAGGAGCUGCUGUCUUGCUCACAUCCAUUCUCAAAGCAAGCUGUUGAGCAUGUACAGAGUCACCUAUCCAAGAAACAAGUGACAUCAACUCUUUUCCAGCCCUACAUAGAAGAAAUUUGUGAAAGUCUUCGAGGCAACAUUUUCCAAAAAUUUAUGGAAAGUGACAAGUUCACUCGAUUCUGUCAGUGGAAAAACGUAGAAUUAAAUAUCCAUUUGACCAUGAAUGAUUUCAGCGUACACAGGAUCAUUGGACGAGGAGGAUUUGGUGAAGUGUACGGUUGCAGGAAAGCAGACACUGGAAAAAUGUAUGCAAUGAAAUGCUUGGAUAAGAAGAGGAUCAAGAUGAAACAAGGAGAAACAUUAGCCUUAAAUGAGAGGAUUAUGUUGUCUCUUGUGAGUACAGGGGACUGCCCUUUCAUUGUCUGUAUGACCUAUGCCUUCCAUACUCCAGAUAAACUCUGCUUCAUCUUGGAUCUGAUGAACGGGGGCGAUUUGCACUAUCACCUUUCACAACAUGGGGUAUUUUCUGAGAAGGAGAUGCGGUUUUACGCCACUGAAAUCAUCCUGGGGCUGGAACACAUGCACAAUCGGUUUGUGGUUUACAGAGAUCUGAAGCCCGCAAAUAUCCUCCUGGAUGAGCACGGACACGUCAGGAUAUCCGAUCUCGGUCUUGCCUGUGACUUUUCCAAAAAGAAGCCCCAUGCGAGUGUUGGCACCCAUGGGUACAUGGCCCCCGAGGUGCUGCAGAAGGGGACAGCGUAUGACAGCAGUGCCGACUGGUUCUCCCUGGGUUGCAUGCUUUUCAAGCUUCUGCGAGGGCACAGCCCUUUCAGACAACACAAAACCAAAGACAAGCAUGAGAUAGACCGAAUGACCCUCACCGUGAACGUGGAACUCCCAGAGGCCUUCUCGCCGGAACUGCGGUCCCUCCUAGAAGGCCUGCUCCAGAGAGAUGCCAGUAAGCGGCUCGGCUGCCACGGAGGCGGGGCACAAGAAGUAAAGGAACACAUCUUUUUCAAAGGCAUCGACUGGCAGCAAGUCUACUUACAGAAGUACCCUCCACCCUUGAUUCCUCCCCGGGGAGAAGUCAAUGCUGCUGACGCCUUUGACAUUGGCUCAUUUGAUGAAGAGGAUACCAAGGGCAUCAAGCUUCUUGAUUGCGACCAAGAUCUCUACAAGAACUUCCCCUUGCUGAUCUCGGAGCGCUGGCAGCAGGAAGUGGCAGAAACAGUUUAUGAUGCAGUGAAUGCGGACACGGAUAAAAUCGAGGCCAGAAAGAGAGCUAAAAAUAAGCAGCUUGGACACGAAGAAGAUUACGCUCUGGGAAAGGACUGUAUCAUGCACGGGUACAUGCUGAAGCUGGGGAACCCGUUCCUGACUCAGUGGCAGCGUCGGUAUUUUUACCUCUUUCCAAACAGACUUGAAUGGAGAGGAGAGGGAGAGUCCCGGCAAAAUUUACUGACAAUGGAACAGAUUCUGUCCGUGGAAGAAACUCAGAUUAAAGACAAAAAGUGCAUUUUGUUGAGGAUAAAAGGAGGCAAGCAAUUUGUCUUGCAAUGUGAGAGUGACCCUGAGUUUGUGCAGUGGAAAAAGGAGCUGACCGAGACAUUUAUGGAGGCUCAGCGACUCCUGCGCCGCGCCCCCAAGUUCCUCAACAAGUCCCGGUCCAGCGUGGUUGAGCUCUCCAAGCCUCCCCUCUGUCACAGGAAUAGCAAUGGCCUCUGACACCCGGGACAGGAGGGUCCUGGGGAGACGGGGCCUCGAGGAAGCCCGUACCGGGGGUUUUCCGCCCUUGAGAGGGAGUCUUUUGGAGAAGUCCGGGGGUCAGAGGUUCGGUCCCCUUGUCCCUGGGGCCCUUCCACGGCUGGGACGACCCAGGACGCCAAGGUGCUCCUAAUAGGAGCUGUGACCGUGGUCCGGCCCAGGCCGGCCUCCCUGCCCUUCUGAGUGCCUCCUGCGCAUGACAUCUGUCCACGCUCAAAACUACUGAAGAAACAAACGAAAGUUCUUUCCCUUUCUUACACACCCGUUUGGGUAGACGUGAACCUAGAACUUGAAAUGAUUCCUCCUUAUCACUUCAGUUUGUAUGUCUGAUAGCAAACAUAUCUUAGACUUGCCAAGAUGGAGUGCAGCCCUCUGCAGCGGCGGGUGCCAGAUGGCCAGAGCGCUGCCCUGUGUCCUCUGCUGGGCUCACACGUGUCUGCUCCACGCUCCUGGGGGUCAGCACAUGUUUCUGCCGUGCACUUCAGCACCGACCGACUUCUUGAUGCCCCGCCUGGCGAGCUGAAGAUGCUUUCUGAGAAGCUUGCCCUUCCCGCCAGGUGUGCGGCACCACCCAGGUACCUGCCUGCCUCUGACAGGGAACAGAGGGAGCGUGCCCUCAGAGGACUUGGGAGUCGCUCAUGACUGACGGCGUUCAACAGUGGGCCAUUGGAAGGCUUCACAGGGAUUCCGAAGGACAGGCAGUGGGGUUUUAACUUUCAGGGCAACAGUGGUUUUCAAAAAUCUUCAAAUAAAUCGCACUUUCACGUGUCUGGGUGCGCACGGACGCUUGGGGGUGAGUCUGUCUUGGGCUCCAACAAUGAGCAGUUAUAGGACAGGGUCAUUCUGGUUCCUUCUGCCUGCCCUCGGAACACAUAUCCGUAAUGGAUGUGUAAAGGAAGGAAAGAAUUCCUCUGUUUCACAUUGUAGUAUAAUUUAAAAUGAAUUUUAUUGACAAAAGAAUGCUGAAGAAUGAAUGUGUUGAAAUGAGUUAACUGUGUGUGUGGACUUCCGUGCCAUCCUUCACCCGUCAUUAGUGAAUGGUACUUGGCCCCGGGUGGGUCGUCCCACGCUGUGACGGCAGUGGGGCGGGAAGGCUUCCUGCCUAAUCCCAGGGGCUUCUCUUCUCCCCCACGGUUCUCCCACGAUGCGUUCUGUGCCCUUUUCACGCCCCAAAUAAGUGCUGGGCUGUGCUGGGCUAUAUGAACAGUGUGUUUCCCAGUGAAGUCCUGUCACCAGACUGAAAAUAAUAACAAUAAUUUUUGAAGUCCACAUAUUUGUCUUAUUCUUAGUGCAAUCUUGUGUGUUUCUAAGCUAACUACUAACAGUAUAAAUAACAUCAUCAUUAUCUGCAUCCUGCCCUCGAUAUUUUUAGUGAUUCCAGAUCUCCGUGCACUGUGUUCAUUGGGAAAGUGAGUACUUCUUAAUGAAAUUAUAUUUUGAGAGUUUGGAAGAUGAUUGCUGAGAGUUUUUUAUUUCUUAGGGGUCACUUUGGAAAAGAAAUGUGGAGGUCCACUAUCCAUCUCAACUACCAGUUGGGGUUUAAAUCAGCGCGCAUGUUCUACUCUGCUCUUUCCAGUAGGGGAGGAUGGAGGCACUCUUUACAUGCCUUCCCUUUUGAGCCAGGAAGAAUGGUGUUCACUUCUGUUUUUUUACAAAAAAAAAACCACUAGCAGCAGAAAAAUAGCUGUUCCUCCUAAAGGGUGAGCUGCCUUGCGGCUGUGGUUAAUGACCACUGUCACUGCUGUCCUCAGCCUCAUCGCAGGCUCCCACUGCUGAGCAUUUACAGGUCGAGAAUUGCUGUGCCCCAAGCCUCUGCCGGACAGAGCCAAGACCCUCCUGUUGAGAACGACGCAGACUCCUUCAGGGUCUGAGCUUAGCCUCUCCCAUAUCCCACCCAGGGCAUUAGCCACGCCAACCCACAGCUCUUUGAAAGAUACCAUCUUUGGAGUAGAACCGGAGGUUAAUCUGUCCUUUGGAAAGGAAACAGGAAUUGGGAAAUAUUCUGAGAGCACUUUUGUCCCAAGCCUAAUUUCAAGUGCUGGGGUCUCGUCUGGCGAGUCUGCUACCUGCACUUGUCCCCGAAGCCGUCUGAUAGGGCUAGCGUCUCCGCGGCCACACGGAAGACGCCUCCGGGACCCUUCUGGGCCAGCACCUCGUGCCUGUGAGGCCAAAGAAGGUGACUGUGCUAGAGAUCUGUUGCAGAAAGUUUUAAGGGUGUCACCUCGUUCCUAGAUGGUUGACCCUUCAACGUGUAGACCGUGAGAAAGGACAAAAUUCAGCACACGGAAGAUAAAGUUGGUAUUAUUUUUAUAAAGUUAUAAUGUCUUGACUUCAUAAAUCAAGGGAAUUAAUAAAGCAAAGUCUAAAAAUAAAGAUGACUUUAAGCUGCUCUACAAUGUAUAUGGAAGAAAUUAAAAACUUUAGCGAAUCCAAGGUUAUUUUUCUAAGCGAAAAUAUUCUGUCCGGUGCAUUUGCCCCUUCAUGGCAUUGGGAGUCGGGCUUUUUCCCUUCUGCAUCGUGUUUUAAGUAUGAUUUUUCAACAAAACUUCUAGAAAUCAGCUGUUUUACUGCUAAUGCACAUGUUACGCUUCUCAUGCCUCUGAUUGGCCAAUCCACAGACAUGACAGUUUCAGAAUUUGUGUGGAAAUAGAGGCGCCAGAUGUGGAGGAAAGCAAGCAUCCUGCUCAGGAAAGCCUGUAACAACACACAACCAUCUGAAGCAAGACCUAGCUUGACGUGCGAUUUGAAAUAUGCCGUAUGGAUACCAGAAACAAUUGUUUUGAGGCCCUCACUGGCCAUUACAGAACAUCCUUUACCCAUUGACAGCGAGCUUUAACUCCAUGAAAAAGAUCAAAGGGUGGUCUUUCUCUGAUGAUCUGAAAAAUUUCACUCGGAAUUUGUAGUUGGGCCAAUUCGAUACAGCAUCUGACUUGUCGAUGGAAUUGAUUUUUCACAUCAAGAGGAAAGAUUCUCGAAGUCGGAUUCUUUUUCACAUGAUGUAAAUCUAUGAAAGGUACUUUGAAAUGUGCUGGGAUAAGAGAAGACUGAUUCUGUAGCACUUAAUCAUACGUUGAUUUUUUUUUUUUCUCAGUGAUUUUGUUCAGGGAAGUGCUUCUGGGUCAUUCGGAGACGCCUGAUGAAUUACCUCCUCGGCACGCCUGAGGACUGACGACAUUUGUGCCCAGAGAGGAGAUGGGCUUCACUGGAGUCUGGGACAGGUGGUGGCUGGGGGGGCCGUGGGCUGUAGGGCGGGUGGAGUGGGUGUCUCCCAUGCAAAGACAGUGGUAGAAAUGGGGCAAAGGAAGGAAGGCCUUAACUUGUGAGUAAAAAGAAAAAAAAAAAAAAAUCACUCCCUUUACACCAAGCACCAAGGAAAUGACUGAGUUAGGGUUGGCUGAUUCUUUCCCUCCUUACAACAGGAGUUGAAUAGUAAUGAUUGUGAGACAUGGUCACUUUAUUUUCGAUUAUGGAGCCACUGGACUUAGGAAUAGGCCAUCAGCUGUCCAUCACGGCCCUGCAUGCCCUCCAGCACCCUCCAGGAAGGCGCCUGGCACCCAGAGCUCACCCCCCAUCUGUGCGUGCCUCACAGCCACUGGGAGGGCCAGGCGCGGGGGCUGGGUGGCCACCUGCAGGGCCCUGUGGCUGCCACAGACCUUUGUCACACGUCCACUGGAACCGCAAGAAGGCUUCCCAGAAUAGCAACACCCGGCUUGCUGUUUAAUCCGUGCCCACUUCCAGAGUGAGCUUUAAUAGUUGAAAUUUCGAAAACAUUUUUCCCUAAAGAUCUAACAUGAUUUUCCCUUCCAUGAAAGGUUGACUCCAGAGAUUUGAAUUCAUCAAUUAGUUAAAUUCAUACGAAUAUGAAUUUUUUUUUCUUUUGACCCAGGCCACAUUUUAAGAAGAGUUCUUUUCCUGUUGAACUAAUGAAAGCUGAACUCUGGAAUAAUACGAUUCCCUCACAUUGUAAUGGGCUUGAGAUUUCUUUCACCCUCAAAGACUAACAGACCUGGUCUUUUAUUGCCAAGGGACAGGGAUGCCCUCCCCAUGGUGCCCGAUGCCUGGCCACUCACGGACGUGGCCAGGGAAGCAUCGAUCGGUAAAUGCAGCACCCCAAAUGUUAAAUUACCUUUAUUGAAACACACACAUACUCACUCCAGAAAAUGAGUUAACAGUACAUGCAUUUCAUGAAAAACUUACAGGAACAAAAACUGUGUUUUAAAGUUUUAGCAACUCACAUUCUUAUAGUAAACUUUCCAAUACCACAAUCUCAAAAUUAUCUCUGAAAACUGGUAACUCUGCUUCCAUAUUUUAUUCUGUCUAAUAUAAAACGUCUUUCAUGUAAGGGUAGGGAAUGGAGAACUAUUUCUAACCGUGCACUCAUAAUUACAAAAGGACUUGAAAUUUAAUUCCCUGUGUCUCAGUUGAUUAUGUCCCAUGGUGUAUAUAUUAUAUGUGGUUUAUAAGCUAAACACUGGCCAUUUUUUAAGUUCUAUUGUGAAAUCGUAUUUUUCUAUGUUUUAACUAAUUACAAUAGAUUUGGCUUUUUCUGAGUAACGUAAAGAUUGCCGAACUACAUAUAUAUAUAUGAAAAAACAGAGUUCUAUUUUAGCACAAAAGCAUUUUAUAUUAUUUAUUGAAUCCUUAAUGUUUGUUUUCGUCAGAAACAUUCCUUCUUUCUGCUCCUUUUUAUUUGUAGAGUUUGUUAUUUAAAGAAACGGCAGCCCUUUCUGUGCUUCAUAAAAUGAAGCGGAAAUAAUGCACACAGCCAUGUGGGGCGAACAUCCCCCCUCACUGCCAUGGACCGUUUGCAACAAAAGCUUGUCGUCGGGUCUGUGCCGAGAGGCGUGUGCACUUCCUGGGCAACGUCUGACAGCACACUUGUCAUGAAAUACUGCUUUCAUCUACCUCUUCAGAAGGCCUCCUGCUUGUUGACUGGUACCCCCAGACGCUUGCUCCCAGACUGGCUGCAUUCUAAAAGAAUCUCAGUAACACAUUUCGGUGGGAUUGCCUCUUGAUGUCAGUUUUAAAGCCACGGCCCCGACUAAGCCAACAGGGCAGGUAGACAUCCCUCUGGAUCAUUCUCCCCCUGGACCCGAGAGCUGCCCGUAGAGCAUCAUUUCCUACUCCCGAUUGUGCCAAAUCCCCGCACCCCAUCUUGCCAUCGCCCCGAGAUUCGGCUGUUGCGCCUGAGGUAUCGAGUACUAAAUGGGAGGUCAGUCCUCAGCGCUGGUUACAGGGGGCCAGCCGUGUUUAAAAACCCCACUUCCAGGAGGAGGGCCUUUGAACAUGACUUCCUGGCGCCCCCAACCGCAUUGCUGUUGCAAAAUGGUUUGGAAUAUGGGGUCGUAAAGGCAAAUGCCCUCGUCCGUGAUUAAACCUUUGCCAGAGGUCUUACUUCCGAGCGGACGGACCCUUAAGGAUUUCCAUGAGCUGGAAUGACCAGUCCCCUGGGAGAGGGGGGUCCCUCCGCACGCUGACAUUUCUCUCUGCCUGUCUUCCUCGCUGGGUAGCCGUCGGCGUGGCCACAUCUUCGCUUGGCCAAGCGUCACGCCCUUGAAGAAAUCCGUUUUCUGUUGUGCGUUGCCCAACAGGGUGAAGCGGCUGAAUUAGAUACUGUCAAUCUAGAUAUUGUUAACCUAUGAAAUUACCAUUUGUUUUGAUCUCGCUUCGCACUGAUUGUGCCAGUGGGGCUGUAUAGCCCUCCCUCGGUAUCCGCUUACUAGUGCACGUUUGAAGUCCUCGCCCACGGGGGACGCUGCUCCACACCUGUGAUCACCCGCCCUGUGCGGGCACGUGCUGUCAUUUGCUAUCACCGCCUUACACGGCUAUUUUGGAGCAGCAAGGCUGGUUUCCUGUGUUGAUAAAUUGCUUAUAUAAAAAAUCUCAAUAAAAAGGCUCUGUACAAAGAUA